AUGGGACAAGCAGGACCCUCAAAUAGACCACCACCUCAACAAUUUCAACAACAUCCCUCUUUGGCAGAUAGAACUUCAAAGAUUGAGGACACACUCAAUCAAUUCAUGCAAGUGUCAAUAUCCAACCACAAGAGCACCGAAGCUACUAUCCGUAACUUGGAGGUGCAAAUGGGGCAAAUAGGUAAGAGGAUGGAGGAGAAAUCCGAUACAAAUUUUGCGGCUAACACUGAAGUUAACCCAAAAGAGCAUGUUAAAGCUAUUACUACAAGGAGUGGAAAGGUGUUAGAAGAGAGAAAAGAAAAGAGAGAUGACGAAAAAAGAGAAGAGAGUGGAGAGUUACAUGAGAGAAAAGAAGAGAGCAUUGAAGAAGAUGAGGAGAAUGUUGAGGGAGGACAUAAAGAAAUGGGUGAGAGAGAGAAGAAUAAAGGAAAAAGUGUUGAGAAGCCCCUACCUUACCCUAAAAUCCAUUCUAGAAAAGAGAAGGAGAAGCAAUUUGGGCGAUUUUUAGACAUAUUCAAGAAGCUUGAGAUUAAUAUUCCCUUCUCUGAGGCCCUCUAA